AGCUAAACUUAAUCUUAACUCAAUGGUUCAUAUGCAUGAAGGAUGUUUAUAAUCUUAUGUUUUAACACUUGUGGAAGCUUGUUUUAUACCUUUCCUUCCCUUUAAAACAUGGAGAAGGCACAGGGGGAAUUCCUUAUCCAUCUCCAUAAGUAGCAUAUGCUGAUAGAAGUGACAUAUUGGCAUUUUAAGCCCAUCUGAAGUAAAUCUCCAAAAUUUUGUCCAGAGUCGAAUGCUUACUUGAAAGAAUCUGAGCCAAACAAUCAGACAGAAAUUAGACAGAUAUAUGCAACUUAUGGGUUGGCCGGUAGCCACAGUCCGGUUCGAAAUUGGAACCAGACCGCUGGUUUCAGGUGGACUGGAAUUGUACCAUAGGAAGGCCAAUUUGAAACCGGAGUGUUCUAGUCCCCUAUUAAACUGGAAAAUAAAUAUAAAAAAAAUAUUUAAAAAGAUAGUUUGUUUAGAUUUUUCUAGUUUGAAUUGGAGUUGAACCAAUGAUUCCAGUCCGAACCAGGACUGGACCAGUAUAGUUCCUGUUUUGGUCCGAGUUUUAGCCGGUUCAGUUCCAUCUCCGAACCAGCUGUGGCCACCCUAACACAUCUUUUUCCCGCCCCUAAAUUCGGGUCAGCCUGUAAUAUUGAGAAAGCGCAGAAUCUUCACAACUGAAUUAACUACCAGAUGUCCUCCCACGCUCUCCAACCUUUCUCUCCAAUCUUAUCCUCUUCUGCUCAAACCCACGAACUCCCCACAAAGAAAUUUCUCUCUCAUUCUCCUCCAAAACCCAUUUCCCAGUCCCGCUCUCAGGCCUCAUGGAUCGAAUCUCUUCGGUUUAACACUCGCUCCAAUUUAUUCCGUGAAGCCAUUUCCACUUACGUUGAUAUGAUUCUUUCUGGUGUUUCACCUGACAGUUAUGCCUUCCCGGUUGUUUUGAAGGCUGUGACUGGCCUUCAGGAUUUAAAUUUAGGAAAACAGAUCCAUGCCCAUGUUGUCAAAUAUGGGUACGAAUCAUCUUCCGUGGCCAUAGCUAAUUCCCUUGUAAAUUUCUAUGGCAAGUGUUCAGAGUUAGAUGAUGUGUAUAAGGUGUUCGAUAGAAUUAAUGAGAGAGACUUAGUUUCUUGGAAUUCAUUAAUUUCUGCAUUUUGCCGUGCUCAAGAGUGGGAGCUUGCGUUAGAGGCAUUUAGAUUCAUGUUGGCUGAGGAUUUGGAGCCCAGUUCAUUUACUUUGGUGAGCCCGGUAAUAGCUUGCUCUAAUUUACGCAAGCAUGAGGGGUUGCGGCUUGGGAAGCAAAUUCAUGGGUAUUGUUUUAGAAAUGGUCAUUGGAGUACAUUCACCAACAAUGCUUUGAUGACUAUGUAUGCUAAUCUAGGUAGGCUAGAUGAUGCAAAAUUUUUAUUUAAAUUGUUUGAGGAUCGUAAUUUGAUAUCCUGGAACACCAUGAUAAGUUCAUUUUCCCAAAAUGAACGCUUUGUGGAAGCACUGAUGUCCUUAAGAUAUAUGGUUCUUGAAGGAGUUAAACCUGAUGGGGUCACACUUGCAAGUGUUCUUCCUGCUUGCUCCUACUUGGAGAUGUUGGGUACUGGGAAGGAAAUUCAUGCAUAUGCCUUGAGAAGUGGUGACUUGAUUGAGAAUUCUUUUGUGGGUAGUGCUUUAGUUGACAUGUAUUGCAAUUGUGGACAGGUUGGAAGUGGUCGUAGAGUUUUUGAUGGUAUCUUGGAGAGGAAAACUGGCCUUUGGAAUGCUAUGAUUGCUGGCUAUGCACAAAAUGAGCAUGAUGAGAAGGCAUUGAUGCUUUUCAUUGAAAUGGUAGCUGUUGCUGGACUUUGUCCCAAUACAACCACAAUGGCAAGUAUUGUGCCUGCUAGUGCGCGCUGUGAAUCAUUCUUUAGUAAAGAAAGCAUACAUGGGUAUGUGAUAAAGAGGGACUUGGAAAGGGAUAGAUAUGUGCAAAAUGCACUUAUGGAUAUGUACUCCAGGAUGAGGAAGAUGGAAAUUUCAAAGACUAUAUUUGAUAGCAUGGAGGUUAGAGAUAUAGUUUCUUGGAACACAAUGAUAACUGGUUAUGUUAUUUCUGGAUGUUACAAUGAUGCACUUCUUAUGCUUCAUGAGAUGCAACAUGCAAAUGAAGGUAUUAACAAGCAUGAUGGUGACAAACAAGCUUGUUUUAAACCUAAUUCAAUAACCCUAAUGACUGUCCUUCCCGGUUGUGCUUCCCUGGCAGCACUGGCAAAGGGGAAAGAGAUCCAUGCUUAUGCCGUUAGAAAUGCAUUAGCAUCAGAAGUCACUGUAGGAAGUGCAUUAGUUGAUAUGUAUGCAAAAUGUGGCUGCUUAAAUUUGUCAAGGAGAGUGUUUGAUCAAAUGCCUAUUAAAAAUGUCAUUACCUGGAAUGUAAUUGUCAUGGCUUAUGGGAUGCAUGGGAAUGGAGAGGAGGCCUUAGAACUGUUUAAAGAUAUGGUAGCCAAGGGAGAUAAUGUUGGGGAAGUAAAGCCUACUGAAGUUACCAUGAUAGCAAUCUUAGCUGCUUGUAGUCACUCGGGAAUGGUAGAUGAGGGCCUGAAAUUGUUUCAUAGAAUGAAAGAUGACCAUGGGAUUGAACCUGGUCCAGAUCACUAUGCUUGUGUGGCGGACUUACUUGGCAGAGCAGGCAAAGUGGAGCAAGCAUAUGACUUCAUUAAUACCAUGCCUUCUGAUUUUGACAAGGUAGGAGCAUGGAGUAGUUUGCUAGGAGCAUGUCGGAUCCACCAAAAUGUAAAAAUGGGGGAAAUUACUGCUCAAAACCUCCUACAGUUGCAACCAAAUGUGGCUAGCCACUAUGUGCUACUAUCUAAUAUAUAUUCAUCUGCUGGACUGUGGGACAAGGCACUGGAUGUUAGGAGGAAGAUGAAGGAAAUGGGAGUAAAGAAAGAACCCGGCUGUAGUUGGAUCGAAUAUGGGGAUGAGAUACACAAGUUUUUAGCUGGGGAUUUAUUACAUCCACAGAGUGAGAAACUCCAUGAUUUUCUUGAGGCCCUGUCAGAAAGGAUGAAAAGGGAGGGAUACGUACCUGAUACUUCUUGUGUACUACACAAUCUUGAUGAGAAGGAGAAGGAAACUUUACUCUGUGGACACAGUGAGAAGUUGGCAAUAGCUUUUGGUAUACUAAACACUCCUCCUGGAACUACCAUCAGAGUUGCCAAGAAUCUUCGAGUGUGUAAUGACUGCCACUCCGCUACGAAAUUCAUCUCCAAGUUAAUGGAUAGGGAGAUCAUCCUUAGAGAUGUAAGGAGGUUCCAUCACUUCAGGAAUGGAACCUGCUCUUGUGGGGAUUAUUGGUGAAAAUCAGCUCCAUCAGAAUGCAUCAAUGCUAACAAGCUAUUCGUUUCCUUAUUCUAAUAUCCUUUGGAAGUAGAAUGUGUUGCAUUAUCCACUGUUCAUAAAAUGUAUGAAGAGAAAUUAUAUAAUAAUUCGAGAAAAGAAACUGUACAAAGCAAAAGCUGUAUAUUUUUCUAAAUGAGAAAUCACUAGAAGAUCUCUACA